AUGACUAGAAAGAAAGUGAAGUUGGCAUUCAUAGUCAAUGACUCAGCUAGGAAGGCAACGUUCAAGAAGAGGAAGAAGGGUCUAAUGAAGAAGGUUAGUGAACUUAGCACCCUUUGUGGGAUUGAUGCAUGUGCUAUAGUUUAUAGUCCCUAUGACCCUCAACCUGAGGUUUGGCCAUCCCCAAUGGGGGUUCAAAGGGUGCUUGCCAAGUUCAGAAGAAUGCCUGAGUUGGAACAAAGCAAGAAGAUGGUGAACCAAGAGAGUUUUCUGAGGCAGAGAAUCUUAAAGGCCAAAGACCAGUUGAAGAAACAAAGGAAGGACAAUAGAGAAAAAGAGAUGACUCAGCUCAUGUUUCAGUACCUUAGUGCAGGUAAAAUUAUGCACAACAUAAGCAUGGUUGAUUUGAAUGAUCUGGCAUGGUUGAUUGACCAGAACUUGAAGGACAUCAACCGGAGGAUUGAGGUGUUGACUAAGAAUUCUCAAAGUCAAACCCAAGUUGUAGCACCAACUGUGACUGAUGUUGUUGCCAAGACUGAAGACAAGGGGCAAGGGAGUCAUAAUGUCCAGGGGUUUGAUAUCAACAUGGAUCUCAUGCAGAAGCAGAACUGGUUUAUGAAUUUGAUGAACAGUGGUGGUGGUGGGAAUGACGCUAUGCCUUUUGGAGAUGUUAAUCACCAAAAUGGCUUUUGGCCUAACCCCUUUUUCCAUUGA